AAAGGGUGUAAAAUACGAUAGAAAGUAAGGAGAGGUUGACUACAGUGAAUAGGAAAUGAGUAGGAAUUUAUUCAUUACGAUUCUAAUUAAUCUGAUUAUCACGAACUGCGUUCCGGCUAAUAAAAGGGACGAAUCGAUGGAAAUAGAAGAUAGUAUUAGGAAAAGUAUAGAAUUGGAAGAAGAGAUAAAGAAGGAAGAGUUAGACAGCGAAAACGGUUUAACCAGUAGAGAAAUAUUUGAUAUGAAGAUUAAAGAAGAAUUGGAAUGGGAAGAUGAAGAUUUAGAAGAAUCGAGGACUAACUACUUUAGACGGAAAAUGAAAGAUAUGGAAAAGGAAAAAUUUCAAGCUCGCGAAACGAAUCUCCCCAACGAACCAGAUCAUACCACGGAACCGACGAAUUCUGCUGCUAGUCUAAAGAUUACAAGCGCCUUGUGGUUUUUAUUUGCUAGAGAUGGCGCUAGGGAUUUGAAAGUAAAAGAAAAAGUAAAAGAAAACUUAUCUAACCCUAUGGCAUACCCCUACUGUAUUUCUUUCCUGAGGGGCCCUCGAAAUUUUUCUCUACUGUAAACUAACUUCUGUUAUAUUUCCGACAGCCGGUUUACAUUGGUUACUAGUUUACACCUUUUUGUAAGAGACGUUUUACGUCUGUUAAAUAGGCUUAACAUAAACGUUACCAUAAUUUUGUGAUGGGUUGUUACAAGUUACAUACCACAUUCUACAAUUAGAACUCAAUAUAACCUUACAAUUUUGUACAAAA